AUGGAUAUGCUGGGUGCAGAUGAUGGCAGAGAGUUGCAUGACGCUGAUGAUGAGGACGACGACGAAGCCGAUGGUCUGGAUCCGGCGCAGGCGCGGAUGAGGCUGAAGCAGAGCAGGAGGACAGUACGGGAGCUCGAGUCGGAGCUGCGGGCCCAGGAUCGGGUACUUGGCCAGCAGGAUGCUACCAUCGAGUCGCUCAAGAACGAGAUCCAGGCUCUGCAAGAGGCACUGAGUGUGCGGGACAACGAGUUAGAGUUGCAGAGGGCGACAAUGGAUGAUUUGGCGGCACGGGUGGACCAGGAGACGGCAGCGCAGCAUGACCUCUCUCUGCAGCUGUCCAAGGCGCAGACAUUGCUGCGCGGGAGCGUGGACAACGACGCAGAGGCGGCGCUGCUGGAGGAUGUGGGACGGCAGCUGCGGUCAGACAACGAGCGGCUGCUGGCGCUGCUGACAUCGACGACUGAGUUUGCGCGGUUUGCAGACUACGUCAACGACUCUGGCGGGGUGACCUACGUCGGCGAUGGGAUGCCGCCGGACGCUCAGCGGCUGGCACAGGCGUACGGUGUGGGCAAAACACCGCCACCGCGCAGAUUCCGGGCGCAGUCAGCAAGCCGAAGCCGAAGUAGCAGCAGCAGCGUGGCGCAAAAGGGUUCGCGGCGACAGGCGGCGGUCCAGGCUGCGUUUGACACUGAGCGGACGCAGUGGGUGCCUGAGGAGGCCUGGCACCGGGCGCUCGCACUGCAGCGGGGCUCGUUGCCCGGCUUGGACGAGGCCACGCUCCGCGAGUGGCUCGCCGAGCUGAAUCGGGUUUGGACCAAGCGCGAGGACGCCCGAGUCCAACGAGUCCAGUCCAAAGCGUCCGCACAGAUUGCGUCGCUCAAAGAGAAGCUCGCCAACAUGCGGCCGUACGACGACGUGCUUGUCGACGAGAAGAUGGGAGCGUUGCGGCGGACGAUUAAGGAGCUGCGCACACAACUGGCAGAGGCCAAACGGCCGCGCAAGUCCAAGGACGACGCAUCGGUUGCGCUCCUUGCGUCGUCGAUGAACACCGCACAGGCGCUGCGCGACAAGGUGGCCCAGCUUGAGGCUCGCAACCGCGAGCUGGCGCGGGCGCUGCGACAUGCGCAGGCCGAGACCGAUAACACCGCGCCGGCGACGUCGGAUGCUGCCUUUCUUCGAGGCGUCACCUGGCUCGGUGCGGCGCUGCUGGACAAGGCUGAUCUUCUGCAGGAGGAGCUUUCCAGCCACGUCGUGAGCUUCCAGGAGGGCUCGAUGCAGCUCAAGCGCGACGACCGCCACUUUCAUACCAAGCUCAUCCGUGUCCAGUCGCGGUUUGUCGACGCGCUCGAUGCUGCUGUCGUCGCCUUUCGCACCCAGGUCCGCGACGUCUUUGAGUCUGCGCUGCAGGCCGCAGACGCGCGGUCGGUCGAUGGUGUGACCUCUCUGCUGACCUCGCUGGAGCGGUAG